AUGGUUGAAGAGACUUUGUUGAGCGAUCUAUGCAGCUCCUGUAACGUCAAUCAACCCAAGUAUCGCUGUCCAGGCUGUGCCGCCCGGACUUGCUCACUGCCAUGUUACAAGCGUCACCAGCAGCGUGCGCAAUGCACCGGCAAACGGGACCCCACCAAGUUUGUGAAGAAGUCCCAGCUGGCUACACCCGCCGGAAUUGAUCAUGAUUUCAAUUUCCUCACUGGGAUUGAGCGUGACCUCAAGAAGGCUGAAUCGGACGUUCAGGAAAGACUCCCGUCCGUGUCAGGUGAUCCCCGACGCUCAGCACCGAAAGGACUGGUGACCGAUAAACGGUUGGCCGAUGCUGGUGUAACAGUCUUCCGAGCACCGAAAGGCCUGACCCGACAGAGAGAAAAUAAAACUCAUCUAAGUGGCAAGAGGCAUAUCGUUUGGACUGUUGAGUGGUUGCACGAAGACAAGACAAGGCUAUUAUCAGAAUUCUCCGAGACCCAGCCAGUUGGUGAAGCAUAUCGCAACCUAAUUGGCGAGACAUCCCAGAAGAGCAGUAGAAAGAGGAAACGAGAAGCCCAAGAAAACAAGCGGGAAACGCAAGAUGUUGCCCCUGUGGAUGAGGUCAGAGCAGGAGUAUUAUCAGACGAUGAGAAGUCAGAGCUCCUGCCUUCAGGACGACGAAGUCCAUCUGUUGUGGAAGAAAGUGGAGCCUCCGUCAGCGCUGCUUCAACUACAGAGGCAAUCACCAGUGCCAAAGUGGAAGGUCAUGAUGGUUCAAGCUCUCAUGUCGAUGAGCAAUUGUCCAAAUCCGCUACUCCUCGACAUCACUACUUCCUAUUGAAGCCACGCACGACUGCCAACAGACCUGUGCUCAUCCCGAUUCAGCCAACAUCCACUCUCAGUGCUUCUCUGCGGGGCCGGGCUAUACUUGAAUACCCUACCAUAUACGUCUUAACUCGACCAGACCCUCCAGCAGAGAAAUUCAUGCUGGAAGACGAGUACUCAACACAUGAGCGUGAAGAGCAAAAGGAGAUGGAAGACAUAAUGACAAAUCAUCCCGAAACUUUACGCAAGCUAGCGGAAGAACAAGCUGAGGCAGCAAAAGACGACGAAGUUGAUAGCGAAAAAGUCCUCCACGUGUUGAAGCAAGACCUAGGGAUCCUCGACCAGUCAAAUCAAUAA